UUAGAGGUCAAAAGGUCGAUCUCGAUGUCUUUUUAGACUCUAAUCCAAGAUGUCGGGAUUUGGUGAAAAUUUCAACGCAUUUUCGGGCGCCGCAGGAAACUAUCCGAGGGGACGUGAUCGUGACAAUGACUACGGAAGGGGCGGUGGUGGUCAUGGUGCUGGGGGAUACAGUGGGGGUUACGGCGGAGGAGGGGGUUACAGUGGGGGAAAGCAGCAGAAGCCUCUGCCCACAGAGCCCCCUUACACUGCCUACGUAGGCAACCUACCGAGUGAUUGUUUGCAAGGGGAUCUGGAGACGAUCUUUGAGAAUCUGGCGGAAAAGAUUAGAGUUGUCCGUCUCGUGCGUGACAGGGACACAGAUUCCUUCAAAGGGUUCAGUUAUGUUGAAUUUGAUGACUUGGAGUCAUUGAAGGAGGCCCUCCAGUACAACGGUGCUUUGUUUGAAGGAAAGCCAUUGAGGGUCGACAUUGCAUACAGCAAGAAAUCAAAAGAUGGAGGACGGGGAGGCUUUAGCCGAGGUGGGAGGGGCAGAGGUGGUCCAAGCCGAGGGGGAUUCAGGGAUGAAGGCAACUUCAGUGGCGACUUCAGACGGGGUGACAGGGGACCCCCAGCUGGAGACGAUGGGUACUACGGGGGAGGCGGCAGGGGGCGGGAGGACUACGGGGGCUCCCGAGGACAGAGAGGGGGUGGGUACCGGGACCGAGGGGGAUUCGACAGGGAACGCACUGGCAGGCCAGACGACUUCAAAGAGCCCGAUCCUGCGGAUUCCGCAGGACGACCAAAGCUCAAACUCCAGAAGCGGACUGUCAAGGAUCCUGUCAACCAGCUGGCGGAUGACGUGCAGCGCAGCUCCAUCUUUGGACGCGGGAAACCGCGUGAAGAGAACCUCCAGAAGCUGGAGAAGCCACGGGGCGAAAGCGCAGACUGAGUUUUGGGGGAGGGGGGGUUGGGGACUGCAGGAAAGAAAGAGGCAGCUCAUUUGGAGGCAUCUGUAAUUUAUACCAAUUAUUCCUGAGAAUCUCUUCUGAGUUUUUUCCCCGGCUUGGAAUCAGAGUUGGGAGCAGAUAAGUAAACAUGAAAAAAAGAAAAGAACGUUGUAAUGUGCCCUUGUAUAUAUACCCAAAAGUUUUUUUGUCUUUAAAUUUUUUCGAGAAUUUCUUCAUUGGUUAGCAAAUGUGUAUGUUCAAUUUAGCCUCGUCCAAGUCUGAUUGCAAUUUUUUACGCUUUUGUGUCAGAUUUCAAAGCUGUGGACAGGAUAUCACAGUGUGUUUAGUAGCAUUGGACCAGUUGCAUCAUUUCAUCAACAGCAUUAAGUUUGCUGCAUGUUGUAUGUUCCCCAAACAACUGAAAUUAUUUCAGGCACAUACUGUUGGAAGUCUUGGAUAUAAAAUAUUCUUUCUUUUUAAUAAAACCCACGGAAGGAAAAAUGUGAUUUAAAAAAAAAAAAUCUGCACCGAGUUAACUUCCUACUUCAGAAGUGUUCUUGUGAAAUUGUGGCUAGAACUGUAAAUUUUAAUAUGAAAUGAAUGCAUGAUCUAAGUUCUACAAUCCCGUCUAUCAAGAUCAAGCCGUGAUUUGAAUGGCACCCCAUUUUCAUUGUAGCCGGCAUUGAGUCUGAUUCUGUUUUUUACUCAUUCAAGUCUCAUGCACGGUAGUGCAGCAUUCUGUGAAGCUUUCGAAAAAAUGGAGUUUUGAAACAACAUUCAGAAGAUUUUUUUCUUUAAACAGGAAUAAAUGAUUCUGUAGAAGCUCAA